GAGUUUCUUUAUUAUUCUCCUAUUUCUCCUUGAUCGCUGGAGUAAAUAUUAGAAUUGAAGCAUUGAAGAUCCAUGAAAACAUGACGAUAUUGAUGAUAUAACCAGAAUCGACAAUGCUGUAAAGGAUGUUCAUAGGUAGUAAACAUUAUCUAUGGUAAUCUUAUCAUGAGGGGUUUAGCAUAGCCUUUAUGGUAAAAAGUCUUGGAUUAGUGAUCCAUAUUGAGAACAUCAAUAUUUCAUCUAGAUCAUCCCAAGAGGAAAAUUUAAAACCUCAGGAGUCAGGACUACUCAAAAGUUGAUAACCAUUAUGAUGAUGACAACUAUAAGAAAUGGUCAAUCAGAAACAAGAGUUUCUUUAGAAGACUGUUUUAGAGAUAUUAUAGAUGGAAAACAAUUGGUACUUGAAACUGAUACAUUGAAUCACAUAUUGAGAAAAAGUUUGCAAGUCAAUAUUAAUGCACUCAAACCAAAAGUCAUUUAUGUUCUACCUUUCAUGUUAGUUCAUUUCAUAAAGUCCUGGCCAGGGUGGCAGAAGAAUACUAGUUAUGUUAAUAAGCAGAUAACAUUGGAAAGCUGGUAUGAAAAAUUCAAAGAAUAUCUUAUUUUCAAAAUAAACUACACUAUAAAAAAUGACAUUGAUAAAGCCUCUGUGUUGCUGAAAUGUGUAUCUAUUGAGGAAAGUGUACUGUUCAAAAUAGAUAAUAGUACCCAGACAAAUCCUAUUACAGAAAAAAUUUUAGCACCAUUUUCAAUUGAAGUUUCUGGACCACCCAAAGUACUAAAUUCACUUGUAUUUUGUGAAGGAGUAAAUGAUGGUAGUGUGGUACUAAAGGAGUACAGGGUAAAUGCAUUGUGGAUUAAGAAACUGAAUACCAGACAGCUUAUUAAUUGGCCUUGUAUUGAAAUGGAAUUCAAAUGUAGACAUUUACAUUUCAAAAGAACCAAUACACAUGAUUUCAAGAGAUGUCUCACUUUCAGCACAGAAAAGCUUUUCUUCAAAAAGACUGAUAAUUUCAUUGAGGAGAUUGAUAUAUUAGAUCAAACCAUUUUAAGAAAAGCAUAUACCCUCAAUGCUGUCAAAGAAUACUGUAACACAUACAUCAAUGUACUGAGGAAUCACCAAAAUACAAUAGAAUGGUCAGGGACUAAUUUGAAGGACAUUGAAACAAUACUUGAAGAUUUUAUUCUAGAUAUAUUUGAUAUUAACAUGAACAGUAUUGCCACUAAUACAUCUGUAUUAUUCAAUAUUGGUAAUUCAAUAUAUGCCAGAAAUAAGAGCAUAAAAACAAGUGAUGAGGCCAUAUGCUUUCAAGAGUGUUUAAAACCAAGAAUGCUUAUGUCACUGAUAAGUUUCAGUGCAAUUGAAGAUGAUGACAACCCAUCCCCAUUUGAAGACCUUUUUGAAACUAAUCCUACCACUCUUGGCAGUUUAUUACCUUCCAUCACAUAUAGGUGUACUUUUUGUGUAGCCAGUUAUAGUGGACUGAAUGAAAUUUGGAACCACCUGGAAAAAACUCAUAUAAUGGAACAACCUGUUUUAUGUUUCAAGUGCAAACUUCAGUUCAAUAUAGCCAACUUGACAAACAAUAGGUGGCACCAUCAGUGUAAAAAAGGUUUGAGGCCAUCAGGUGAAAGUGCUCCUAAGACUCAAUAGCACACAAACUUACAGCUUGCAGAACCAGGUGUAGAAAUGUGUGGAACCUAGAGAUUAAUUUUAUAUAUAAAAAAAUAACUGAUACCUACUAGACAAGUGAGUUUUGAUAAAGAAUAAACAUAUAACUAGCUUUAUCGAAAUUCUUUUGGAUUUUGAUUACAGUUCAUCAAUGAAUAAAUUCAGGCAAAUUGCAAUAUUUUCGAAACAAUUCUUUCCUGUCAAAAUAUUUCUGUUUAUUCAAUAAUCUAUGGUUUCUGACAAUGUUUCAUGAACAUUAUGACAACAAUCAAUUUUUUACUGAUAUUUUUUUAGUUUAUAAUUAAAUUGGUGAUAGAAUUACCU